AAAUUGUAUUAUGCGCCAGAGUCCUUGGGAUAUACACGGUGAACCCCGUGGCGCGUUGUUGUGAUCUAACAUGGCGGAAUGUAGUGUUGUGGAUGUUCGAUGUCUAUGUCAAUUUUAGAGUGAUCUCGCGCAAAUAAUACGGAAGAACGGCGAUGCUCCGUAGUUACAGCAUUGAAAGAAUUCGUGUAAGAUAAUCGUGUGAUUGGAAAUAUUUACAUCGUAAGUGACGAGCGAGUUCUUCUAUAUCGGUUUUGCUCAUCGCGGGAAUCGUAUACAGGCGGCAAGAGCGCACACAGGGCUUCGGCUUCCCUGGCACAACGUUUCUUUCUGACCUUCCACGACGACGAACUUAUUUCAAAUGAACGACCUGAAAUACGCUUGACAUUUUCUAGCUUUACGGGACUGUGACACGUGCACGGAAGAGCGUGUACUCCACUAACUUUUCCCGCGCGUCCCAAAAGUUUUACUGUUGGCGCAGGUAUCAAGCUUAUGCAACUGAAGAGCUUAUAAACAUCCAGCAACGGUAAACAAUCUCAUUGUUCCGAGUAUACAUCGGAAUAAAGAGAACAAGAGGAUAUUCGUAAUUUUGGAAAUCGUUAACAAUUGUUAUUCAUUAUUAAUAUAAAUCAAAGUGCAUCACUCAUGGUGAUAUAUGAGUAUUUUCUACUCAUUGGUAUUAGUAUUGUAGUUUCUUGGAGACCACCCAAAGAGAGUAUUGAGUUUAGAUGAAUGAGCGGUUACUCCGAAAGACAUUUUUCAAAUAAGUUAAGACUUCUGACUCUACGGCAUUAUAUACAACAGCAUUGUGCUAUAUCUUAGUGGAUUAUGAGAGAACAAAUAAAAGUUUGGUAGAUAUAGAUUUUUGUGUGUGAAUUUAUUUAAUAGAAAUUUUAUAAGAACAGAAAGGCCAAGGAAUUUUUUCAACUUCUAAGGCAUGCAAGGUAGUUGGUGAUAAUACAAAAACAGCUGCGUAAAAUAUUUUUGACAACAUGACGGACACACGCAGAAGAGUAAAGCUUUAUGCACUUAAUGCUGAUAGACAAUGGGACGAUCGUGGUACUGGUCAUGUUUCUUCUUCCUAUGUAGAUAGAUUAAAAGGAAUUUCACUUUUGGUUAGAGCCGAAAGUGAUGGAACGGUCUUAUUGGAAAGUAAAAUACAUCCGGAUACUGCAUAUCAGAAGCAGCAAGAUACUUUGAUAGUAUGGUCAGAGGGUGAUAAUUUUGACUUAGCCCUAAGUUUUCAAGAAAAGGCUGGUUGUGAUGAAAUUUGGGAAAAAAUAUGUCAAGUUCAAGGAAAGGAUCCAUCAGUAGAAAUUACACAAGAUAUUGUUGAAGAGUCAGAAGAUGAACGCUUUGAUGAUAUGUCAGAUGCUGCACCGCCCAUAGAACUGCCUCCAUGCGAAUUAAGCCGAUUAGAAGAAAUUAAUGAAUUAAUAGGGAAUUCUUUGGCUUCUCCAAUGAGAAAAGAAAAACUCGCUGUUGCAUUAGAAUCAGAAGGUUAUAUCAAGAAACUUUUAAAUUUGUUCCACACUUGUGAAGACUUAGAAAAUAUUAAAGGCUUACAUCACCUUUAUGAUAUUUUUAAAAAUAUUUUCUUACUAAACAAAAAUGCACUAUUUGAAGUGAUGUUCAGUGACGACACAAUUUUUGAUGUUGUUGGAUGUCUUGAAUAUGAACCAACAUUGCCUCAACCAAAAAGACAUAGAGAAUAUCUUCGGCAAUUAGCAAGAUUUAAACAAGCAAUUCCAAUUACAAAUGCUGAAUUAUUAGCUAAAAUUCAUCAAACAUAUAGAGUUCAAUAUAUACAAGAUGUUGUUUUACCAACUCCUAGUGUAUUUGAAGACAACAUGCUUAGUACAUUGAGUAGUUUUAUAUUUUUUAAUAAAGUUGAAAUAGUAACUCUUAUACAAGAUGAUGAAAAAUUUCUGACUGAAUUAUUUCGUCAAUUUACGGACGAAUCGACAUCAGAUAGUAAAAGACGUGACAUGGUUCUUUUCUUAAAAGAAUUUUGCAACUUUUCUCAAAAUCUUCAACCACAGGGCAAGGAAUCAUUCUAUAAAAAUUUAACAGCAUUGGGCAUAUUACCUGCUUUAGAAAUAACAUUGGCAAUAAAUGAUCCGCAAACAAAAACUGCGAGCAUUGAUAUAUUGACGUAUAUUGUGGAAUAUUCUCCUAGCGUUGUGAGAGAUUAUACAUUACAACAAAUAAAUAAUACAGAACAGGACCAAAUGUUAGUCAAUGUAAUAGUCGCUCAACUUGUUGGAGAUAGCGAUCCUGAAUUGGGUGGAGCAGUACAGUUAGCUGGUGUGUUACGCCUGCUUCUUGAUCCAGAAAAUAUGUUGGCUUCAGUCAACAAAUCAGAAAAGACUGAUUUCUUGAAUUAUUUCUAUAAAAAUAGUAUUGGAACACUGAUAGCUCCUUUAUUAGCUAAUACAAUUGGGGAACGACCAGCAAGAGAAGAUUAUAGAACAGUGCAACUUUUAGGAUUGAUUUUAGAGUUAUUAUCUUUUUGUGUAGAACAUCAUACAUACCACGUUAAAAAUUGCAUUUUAAAUAAGGAUUUACUUAGAAGAAUAUUGGUUUUAAUGAAGUCAACGCAUACAUUCUUAGUACUGUGCGCUUUAAGGUUUAUGAGAAAAAUUAUAGCUCUGAAAGAUGAAUUUUAUAAUAGGUAUAUAAUAAAAGGAAAUUUAUUUGCACCUGUAUUUGAUGCAUUUGUAAGGAACAACGGUAGAUACAAUUUAUUAGAUUCUGCUAUUUUGGAAAUGUUUGAAUUUAUUAAAUUGGAAGACAUCAAAUCACUUUGUUCACAUGUUGUAGAAAAUUUUUCGAAAGAAUUGGAAGCAAUUGACUAUGUACAAACAUUCAAAGCAUUAAAGCUGAGGUAUGAACAACAUCAGGAUAAAUUAAAGGAUCGUGACAGAACAACACUCGACAGUGUUCCAUCAAUAUUAAGAAAUAGCCGGUAUCGAAGAGAUCAGAGACAAUUAGAUGAAGAAGAAGAAAUAUGGUUUAGAGAGGAAGAAGAUUUUGAUGAAGGAGAAGCAGUGGUACCUGCGGCCACGGCAGAUUUGGUACCACCUGCUUCAGCUAAAAAACAAUCUUCAUCUUCUAAUUCUGCCCUUGGGCCUUCCCUUACAGAGUCGAAAAAUCAUCAGCAACAACAACAACAACAAUCUGUAUUAAACAAUAAUACAGCAAAUAAUAAUAUCACUCCUCAGCAAACUCAAGUCAAUAAUAGUACAUCAACAACGAAUGAAAAUCCAGUUACACCUGAGAUUACUCCUAGUUCUACUAUUGGUACCGUAGAAAAGGCAGGAAUUAUAAUUAGAAAAGGAUUGGUCGAUUAUGAAGAAGAUUCUGAUGAAGAAGAUGAGGAUUCUGGAUUAAGUCCUUCGCCAAAACGGCAACGAUUGUCGUGGUAGACAUUCUCGAAAUUCAAAAUAAAUGUGCGAUCUCCAAAGUUUUUAGUAAAAUACGGCCCCUAUUAUGUGCACAAAAUGCUGAUCGAAAGGUUAUACAAUCUAUUAAUUUACAAUGAGAAGGGUACAGGUUGUACUUUAUUCAUCCUGAGUGAUAAACGCAAUGAAUAAGUGCUUUUGAAACACAAUGCGUGAUGAACUUUUACAUCUUUUUCUUUCUUUAAUUGUGUAUAUUAAACAAAGAAAUGAAUGUGAGAAGAAAGUGAUUGGAAAUAGUAUAGAAAAAAAAAGGAAAAAAAAAAAAAAAAUAAAGAAAAAACAUAUUGGACAACGGGAUCGACAAACACAAGUGAAGGUAAAGCCAAAAUAAUUGUAUUAUCAUAUUGACGAAAUAUUGGAAGUUCACUCAAUGAAUUAAAUGAAUUUAAAAAGGAUUAAUGAUUUAUUCCACUUAUCUGGAAAUCUACGUAGUAGGGAAAAUUUUCACAGAUAAGGUGAAAAACUCUAGACCUGGUGAGUUCUAUAGACAUUAAUGUCUAAGUAUACACUUUGGUCUAGGUCUAUAAAUCUAAAAACUGUGACUAUAUGACAUGUAUGAGUCCAUCGAAAAGGAACUUACUACAAGAUGUGUAAAGACCAUUUUCGCAUGUAAAAGUACAUGAUCUACCGCACAAAAACAGUUGUGUUUUUGAUUAGCCAUCCACGAAUUGAAUUAGUGGGACAAGCGAUUGAAAUCUGUUUUUGCAAAGGUCAGAUACCAUGAAUCUUUAUCCAAUUCGACGGAAAUAAUAUUUAGUUUGUAUAUAUAUGUAUAUUUGUAACGAUUGUAAAACGACCACAUACUUGGAUUAAGCAGAAAAUAUGCGACUACUUCACAAUCUCAGUUUCCUUCAAAAUACAUUUGAAGAGUUUUUUGGUUAUCAAUGUAAGUAGUAGAAGUUGUACAAUAAAUAUUUGAUUUGUGUAUAUUUAUCAGUUUGCACUUCAUGCCCGAUAGCAAUCCUCGAUAUAAAAAGUAUGUUUUAAAAAAUAUUUAAUGAAUCUUGAAUAUUAAGUGUAGUAUAGUAUCUUUUUUACAAAUCUUUUUUUUAAUCGUAAGGGCAAAAUGAGAAGCCUGGAAUAAUCUCUGUGCACUGAAAAAAGAUUGUCUAAUUUAUGAAAAUAUUCAUAUCUACUUACAUUAUUUUAUGUAGUAGAGCCAUGAGAUGAGAAUAAUCUCGGAUAUUGCAAUACGAAAUCUUAAUUUUUGUUUAAAUUGAGAUUCUGUAUGUCAUGAAAUUACAGGAAAUGCCAGCUCCAGAAAAGAGUGUCUACUUUCUAGUUUAAUCCGUAAUUUUUAACAUAGUUAAGAUCUAUAGCGAAGAGAAAUCUAUUACUUUGAAUAAUCAUUUAACUAGAGCAGGCCUUAUACAGUGACCAAUUUGAAAUAAAUUAUUGCCUUACACUGAUUGAGUUGACUUUAUAACAAAGUAUUAUAAGCUAAUGUACAGAGUUUUCGAUACGUCUAACACAAAAGAAUUUUCAAGACUGUUGUAUAAUUGUAAGUAUGAACAUUUGAAAUUUUUGUGAUGUCGUAAGAACAUUCGUAUGCACAUAUUAACAAACUUUAACAAACAGACGCAUAUAUUAACUUAUGAUACUACAAAAGGUGAUAGAAGUUAAUUCACUCAUGAGAUUAGUAUAUUGUGAAUAUUUCAAGUAGGCAAAUUCGCUGGAGCUGAGUAAUGUAUGUAUAUAUAAAAUGUUGUUAAUUCUGAAAUGACCACAGAAUAUGUAACUGAAUAUAUUAAUUAGGUAAUUAAGUAACAGAAUAUCGAGUAAUGUAUUUCGUGUGUUUUGCAUAUAUUCACAAUUUAUUCCAUAAUAAGAAAGAGAUAUUCUUAGGCAUAGAAUGCUACAUUGGGUGCGGCGAAUGUAAGUAAAUGAAAGGAAUGAAUUAAUACCUAAGUGAUACUAAAGUAAAGAUGCAAUCAUAUGCUAUUUAAAUUAUACUCAAUGUAUUUUUGUACAGAGUGUUUUAGGCUUUGUCGCUAUCAUUUUCCAUUAUUUUUUUAAAUGCUUGCCAUCAAGAGAAGUCAGAAUAUCUUUGUGGCAUAUUUCUAGUAAAUAGUUUGAUAUACAUUUUUUUUCUCUUUAUUGUAUCAUACUCUCUAAGAAUGUAUUAUUGAAUAAUCAUAAUAGAGAGGAUAUAUUAUAUAUAUGGAGAGAGAAGAGGGCAAAUAUGGAUAGAAGAGGGCAAAGAGGGAAUAAGGGGAUGUAAAAUUAAGUGCAGUAAAAUUCCUAUACUUUAUUAGGAAGAAAUUAUCGUUAGACCGUCCUAAGUUCGAAUAUUAUUUUAUUUCCAAGAGUACUAUAUGUUUACUCAUCAUUUCAACAAGAACGAAGAUAAAAAUUAAAAAAAAAAAAAAAAAAAAAAAAAAA